GAUUCGCACAGGAAGUGGCUGGAUUACACCGCUUUAAUCUCAUUAGGAUGCCAUGUGAGGCCAGGGGACUACAAAGAAUGGAAAAACACAAUCUCAGGUGGAAAGUACUCCUGUUUGGUUGUCUUUCUCGACGGCGUGUCAAAGGUCACAGUUUUUUUUUUAGGUAGCCGAAGAGAGAAUGAUUAACCGGACUGUCAAGCAGGGAGCGUGUGUUUGACAAGAGGUGACGGCCCGGAUGGCGGCGAGCAUCUGACCACGACACGGAGAUGUGCGAGAACACGGGACGCCACAAGAGCCGAUUGUCCCGUCCAUAAAAUAUGUUGUUUUUUUUUACUCAAGUGACUUUUACAAUGCAAACAUGCUAACGUCUUAAGGAUAAGAAGACGGAAGAAGUGGUAUUAACAACAAGAAUAACUAUUGCCUUCAACCCCAUCAUCGGGAAGCAAAGGGACGCAAAUUAUAUAAGAAUACACAAGGUCGCCAUGGCGUCGGCAGCCCUAGAGCUAAUGGGCUUCGUCUUGGGCUCGAUGGGGAUGCUGGGCACCCUGGUGGCCACGGUGCUCCCCUACUGGCAGAUCUCUGCGCACAUCGGCUCCAACAUCGUGACAGCGGUCGCCAACAUGAAGGGCCUGUGGAUGGAGUGCGUCUACCUGAGCACGGGCUCCUUCCAGUGCGACACCUACAACUCCAUCUUGGCGCUGACGGGUGACCUGCAGGCGUCGCGCGCCCUCAUGGUCAUCUCCUUGGUGCUGUCCGUGCUGGGGGUCUUCAUCUCAACUUUGGGGAUGCAGUGCACGGUCUGCCUCGAGGGCUCCGGGGCGGUCAAGAGUCGGGUUGCGGGGGCCGGAGGUGGCCUCUUCCUCACAGCGGGCUUCCUGGCGCUCAUCCCCCUGGCGUGGACCACGCACGAGGUGAUCCAGACUUUCUACAGUCCGACCGUGCCCACCAGUAUGAAGUUUGAGCUGGGCGAGUGCCUCUACCUGGGCCUGGCCUCCGCGCUGCUCUCCAUGCUCGGCGGCGGAAUGCUCAGCGCUUCCUGCUGCGAGGAGCAGGAGGGUGGCCGCGGGAGGAGGGGCGGUGGCUACCCUUACCCCGUCGGGGGCAGGGCUUCUCUGGGUACAGGGGUGCGCCACAACCCGCAGGCCUACCGGAACCCCACACUGCAGAUGGGAGGGAUAGGUACAGCCAGCAGGGGGCAGACACUGAUCCGAAGCGGGAGCGGAAGCUCGCACACGAGUACGCAUGGCGGCCAGACGGUCAAAAAACCCCCGGCAAAAGGGUAUGAUGUCACAGGGUACGUUUGAGGACAUUGGGAAAUGUGUCAACACCCCAACGCCACCAGACAAAAUGACUAUUUGAAAAAGAAAAAGGAAAUGUUUUGGGACUGUAUAAUUUUGUAAUAAAUACAUUUUG